ACGACGAUGAAGCAAAGAUCGCAUCUCUGGAGAAAGAGAUGUCGAUCGCGGCCAUACCUAGACGCGAGCAUUGUUUCUGGAGGAUGGAUUGUCCCAACGUGUUCUACUACGAGUACAAUAUAACACCGUUCAAUUUUUCGAGCUUCGCGCGAUACGAACCUUUGUCUCGCGUGAUCGAACCUUGCCGGGAACACCUGAGGGUUCCUCGAGACUUGCUGGAGAAUUGCGCCGUUCGCGUGAAACGCGACACGGAAACGUUGAAAUCGUUCUCGAAAUCCUGCACGGACGUGAUCGAACGUACGAAAAGAUCUUUAAGAAUCGGUAAAAAAUUGUUGGAUGGAAUAAAAAUGGAUGUUGAGAUAUCGAAGUUCGUAACUUCCGAUACGGAAUAUGCGCAUAUACGCGAACGAAUCGCUGAGAAUAUCGAAGAGUUGAGAAGCGUCGGUGCGAACUGCGCGGUGUCUAGAUUCUACGACGAUGGAAACGACGAUUCUUGCGGCGGCGAAGUUGUCGCAAACGACGACUACGACGACGAUGAUGAUGACGAAGCGACGACGACAGCAGCAACCUGGCGUCAGCGAUAA